GAAUUCAACAGGCGCUUCUGACAAUUCUUCAAGUUUGGAUCCGGAUCCGGAUGUCUUACUCCAAGAACUGAACGACAGAACAGCAAUACGGUUUCUUCCGGUAAUUAUUUAUAUGUCACUGCUGAUGAUAAUCGGGAUAUUCGGAAACACUAUGGUAUGUAUUGUGUAUUUAAGAAAACGGAUGAAAAAUUCCUCGGAUUAUUUCAUCCUUAAUCUAGCCUUCUUGGAUCUUCUUACGUGUGUUAUUGGGAUUCCAGUGGAAAUUGCUGACCUGCGAUAUCCAUACAUGUUUUAUGCACCAGCGGCUUGUAAACUGCUGAGGACGAUAGAAUCCUUUUCCAACAUGGGUUCCACUUUAACUCUUAUAGCUAUAGCAGUAGAUCGGUAUAAACGUAUAUGCAAGUUAGGAGAGCGAUUUUCAAAUGAGAAAGCCAAACGUCUGUGUAUCGGAGCUGUUAUUAUUGGCGCCAUGACAGGAUGGCCCGCCGCAGUUGUGUUUGGGAAGAAAUCUGUCGACGUGGGAAUUCCAGGCGCCAUUGCUGUUGACUGUUCUACUGCAGAUGAAAUGAGAAAGACAAUGUAUCCACUUUUGUAUUAUGGAAUUGUUAUGCUUUAUUUCAUCGUUUGUGUUAUUUUUGUAACAUUCGUCUAUGUGCGUAUAUCAUUAUUCAUUCGAAAGGGUAAAUCAAAACAAAAGAAAGAAACCAAACAUGCGUUGUCACCUUUACCCUCUAUAAGCCCUCAGCCAAUCAGCGAGGAGCAAUCAAGUGACUCAAUGACAUCUCAUCAAGGGGAAAUAAAAACCAUUGCAACGGACAAAAGGAAUGGAGGGAGAAUGGUUAAUACAAUUAAGGUCACCAGAACGACCACCAUUUUUAUUGUUGUUACCGUAGCAUUUAUUGUGAGUUAUCUCCCCUUUCUUGUCGUCAUGGUUACAAGAAACAUAAAGAAAAACUUCGAGGAAAUUUUAUCGCCAGCUGCCGAGGUGUUUUAUAAGUUUUGUUUGAAAUCGUACUUUAUUAACAAUGCAAUUAAUCCAAUUAUAUACAGUUUCCUUAACAGGAAUUUUAGGACAGAGGCAAUCAGAGUAAUUAAAUGUAAAUGAACAAAUCCUAAAACUACUGGAAUCAAAGAAAAAUAAACAGAACUAUUCUUA